AGUCUUUGUCCAAACAAUAAAGAACUUCGUCCUUAAUCUCUGCUAAUCAUUUGACCCACCAGCAUGUGAUGUGUGAAAACUGUCACAAAUGGGUUCAUUGCUCUUCUUGGAAGUCAAAACUUCGUCUAUAUAAAGGCAUUUUCUAGUUCAGCUUUCACCAUAUCUGCAAACUGCAGCUGAGUCUACCCAUCUUCUAUCCUUCCUUCAAUUCCGAUGCCUCCAAAGAUCAGUUUGACUAUACUCAUAGUCUUGUUCAUUUCCAUUUCAACUAUACUUUCAAAUGCUGAAUCAAGCUCCCUGGAAGUUGAAAUUGAAGCUUUGAAAGCUUUCAAAAGCUCUAUCACUCACGACCCAAAUGGAGCAUUGGCAGAUUGGGUUGACACAACCCAUCAUUGCAACUGGUCUGGCAUUGCUUGUGACCCGUCUUUACAACAUGUUACCUCACUCAGUCAGGUUGGCCAAAAGCUCCAAGGUAAGAUUUCACCAUUCCUGGGCAAUCUUUCUGGCCUCCAGAUUCUUGACUUAACCUCAAAUUCAUUUUCUGGGCUCAUUCCUCCUCAGCUCAGCUUUUGCUCCCAGCUUUCUCAAUUGGUUCUUUUUAACAACUCUCUCUGGGGUCCAAUCCCACCUGAGCUAGGAAACUUGAAAGGCCUGCAGUAUUUGGAUUUGGGUAAUAACAAUCUGAAUGGAAGCCUCCCAGAAAGCUUAUUUAACUGCACCUCUUUGCUAGGUAUUGCUUUUAAUUCUAACAAUCUGGAUGGUAAAAUUCCUUCAAAUAUUGGCAACUUGGUUAACGUUACGCUAGUCGCAGGAUUUACUAAUAAGUUUGUUGGAUCUAUUCCUCCUUCAAUAGGUAAGUUAAGGGCUUUGCAAUCUCUAGAUUUUAGUCAAAACCAGUUGUCAGGAGGCAUACCUAGAGAGAUUGGGAACCUCGGAAAUUUAGAAUAUCUUGUUCUAUUUGAGAAUUCCUUGGUUGGAAAAAUCCCUUCUGAACUUGGUCAGUGCAUGAAGCUAGUGAACCUUGAACUAUACACAAAUCAGUUGUCUGGAAGCAUUCCUUUCGAGCUCGGAAACUUAGUUCAUUUGGAGACAUUAAGGAUAUAUGGCAAUAACUUCACCUCCACAAUUCCUUCUUCCAUUUUCCAGCUGAAAUUAUUAACCAACUUGGGUCUGUCACAGAAUCGGUUAGAGGGAAUAAUAUCUCCUGAAAUUGGAUCUUUGAAAUCACUUAAAGUUCUAACCCUGCAUUCAAAUAAGUUUACUGGACAAAUUCCUCCAUCAAUCACAAACUUGACAAACUUAACAUAUCUCUCAAUGAGCCAGAAUCUCCUUUCAGGUAGACUUCCUUCCAACAUAGGAGUGCUUCAUAAUUUGAAGUUUCUAGUCUUGCACGCCAACCGUUUUCAUGGUCAUAUCCCCCCUAGUAUUACCAAUUGUACUAGUAUGGUGAAUGUAAGUUUAGCCUUUAAUUCACUAAAUGGGAACAUUCCUGAAGGCUUUUCAAGGAUGCCUAAUCUUACUUUCUUGUCUUUUGCAUCAAACAAAAUGUCCGGUGAAAUCCCAGAUGAUCUCUUCAACUGCUCAAAUCUUCGAACUCUAAGUUUGGCUGAGAACUACUUUAGUGGGAUGCUAAAACCUAUUAUCCAAAACCUGUUCAAUCUCAGGAUGCUUCAGCUGAAUUUAAAUUCUUUCACAGGGCCUAUUCCACUUGAAAUAGGGAAUUUAAAUCAACUUGUGACAUUAUCACUUUCUGAUAAUAGAUUUUCUGGUCACAUUCCUUUAGAGCUAUCCAACCUCAGUCUUCUUCAGGGUCUAUACUUGCAUGGGAAUGCAUUGGAAGGAACAAUACCAAAUCAGUUCUUUGAACUAAAUCAGCUAACAGAGCUUGAGCUACAUGAGAACAAGCUGGUUGGUCAAAUCCCAAAGGCUUUCUCCAAGCUUAAGAUGCUUUCUUACUUAGACCUCCAUGGGAACAUGUUCAAUGGAUCAAUUCCAAGAGAGUUGAGACAGCUCAGCCAGCUCUUGAUGCUGGAUUUGUCACAGAACCACCUGACUGGGUCAAUUCCUGGGGAUGUCAUCGUAUAUUUUAGAGGCAUGCAGCUAUAUCUCAAUUUGUCUCAUAACCACUUUAUUGGAAGUAUACCGGAAGAGCUUGGUAUGAUGGAAAUGGUACAAGCCAUUGAUUUUUCAAACAACAAUCUAUCUGGUGUCAUUCCCAAGACACUUUCAGGGUGCAGAAAUCUAUUUAAUCUUGAUCUUUCAGGCAACAAUAUCUCAGGUCCUAUUCCAGAAAAGGCUUUCAAUCGCAUGGACUUACUUCAAAGCUUGAACCUUUCAAUGAACCAAUUAGAUGGAGAAAUCCCCGAGACAUUGUCAAAGCUCCAGCAUCUUGUUUCUUUGGAUCUUUCUCAUAAUGACUUGAAGGGAUCUAUCUCUGAUAAUUUUGCCAACCUCUCCAAUCUAAAGCUUCUCAACCUUUCUUUUAACCAACUUGAAGGUCAAGUUCCAUCAAACGGAAUAUUCUCACAUAUAGAUGCAGCUGCAUUGAUAGGAAACCCUGCUCUUUGUGGAACCAAAUUUCUGAUGCCAUGCAGGGAAACAACUAAGAGAUCUCAUUCAUUAUCCAGGAAGAGCAUAAUUAUUAUUGCCUCACUUGGAUCGGUUGCUGUCCUCCUAAUUUUGGUAUUGGUGACUCUAUUUCUCAUACGACAGGCCAGAUCACGUCGUUCUAACAAGCUUGAGAAUCAUGGAAUACCAAACUACACAUCGGCUUUGACACCUGAAAGAUUUGAUAGAAAGGAGCUAGAAAAUGCUACUAGUUCUUUCAGCUCAGAUAACAUCAUUGGAGCUAGCAAUUUGAGCACUGUCUAUAAGGGUCAAUUGGGAGACGGCAAGAAAGUGGCAAUAAAAAAACUGAACUUGGACUAUUUUUCUGCAGAAUCUGACAAACUUUUCAAGAGAGAAAUAAGCACCUUGAGCCAACUAAGGCAUAGGAAUUUGGUCAAGGUAGUGGGUUAUGCUUGGGAGAGUAGGAAAAUAAAGGCUCUAGUUUUGGAGUACAUGCAGAAUGGCAAUUUGGAUAGCAUAAUACAUGAAGAAGGGAUGGAUCGAUCUAGAUGGACAUUAUCUGAAAGGCUCAACGUUUUCAUGUCUGCUGCUGAUGCAUUGGGUUACUUGCACUCUGGUUAUGAUAUUCCAAUUGUGCAUUGUGAUUUAAAGCCUUCCAAUAUUCUUUUGGAUGGAGACUGGGUGGCCCAUGUGAGUGAUUUUGGGACAGCUAGAAUGCUUGGUCUCCAUUUGCAAGAUGGUGCUUCUGUGUCCUCGUCAGCAGCUUUCCAAGGCACCGUUGGUUAUUUGGCUCCAGAGCUUGCGUACAUGAGGAAAGUAACGACCAAAGUUGAUGUGUUCAGCUUUGGUAUAGUAGUAAUGGAGUUUCUAACAAGAAGGAGACCAACAGGGCUCACAGAAGAGGAUAGUCUGCGUCAAAUAGUGCAGAAAGCACUGGCAAAGCAACAUGUUCUUCAACUUGUGGAUCCUUUGCUCUCUGAGGAGAAGGAACAUCAGGAAGAUGUCUUAGUGGAGCUGUUGAAACUAUCAUUGAGUUGUACUCUCCCUGAUCCUGAACAUCGACCUAGUAUGAACCAAGUGUUGUCUGUCUUGAUGAUGCUUAAGAAGAAAAUAUCAUAGGUCACAAAAAAUUAAGAGAGGAGAAAAUUUUGCGUUUGUGUAUAAUGUAAUAUUAUCUUUGUGAUGUUCAUUUCAGUUUUCAGAAAUGAAUAAAGGCACAAGUACUUAUA